UUUUUAUUUGAAUCCGGAUUCUCUCCCCAGAUGGGGUGGAGAUUCCCAAUGGGUAAUUCUCACCUAAAUAAGGUCCCCACGUGGGGACAGGAUCUAGAGCCCAUUUGCUUAGGCCUUGGUCUGCUGCUGUAGUAGCAUAUGUGUCUGCCAACUGCUACCUAAAAAAUAGAACUUGAAAAAUAGACGUUUGUACAGAGAGCAAAGAAAGGAAAAUGUGUACCCAUGCAUGAGACUUCCACAUGUGUAAAAGAAUUAAUUUAAAAGAAAAAAAUUUAUAUUAGCGAAAGAAUCCUUCCAAAUUGGUGCCGCUAAUGCACAAGUAGGAACUUUAGCCUACACAGGGGUUGGGGGUAGUGUGGUCAAUUUUAUACUUGAGAGUUGAGAUGUCUGAGCGUUUCCUAUGUCAGACCGACAAAGUUUUUCUUUUCAAAUUAUAAAUACUGGGAAUGGAUCCAAAGGUCUUUAACUGCUUUACCAAUUACACAAAUUGUAAUCAACCACCCAACCAUCAAAUCUAAGUUACAGUAGAAACCCAAGAAUAUAUACUAAUAUUUUUGAUAAAACCUACCUAAUGGACAGUCUUUUAUCCUUCAAUCUUUAUUGAACAACCGAAGACUUAUCUAUGAGAUGAAUGAAAGAAGAAACUCUCUUAAACACAGAAAGGAAGAAUAUUUGAAAUUAGGUUACCUACUCAUUAGCAAGCCCUCCUAAUAAAUUUCUCAUAAUUCAUAAUCAUGGACAACUCUCUUUCUCUCUCUCUCUAAUUCGAUUCUUUCAUUUGAAAUCUUCCAUUAAUGGCUAAGCUUAAUGUCUUCUUCUAUGUUGUCGCCUUCCUCUGCCUUGUGCUAACGUGCAGUGCUACGUUGUAUACGGUGGGAGGUACUUCUGGUUGGGAUGUAAGUACUGACCUCCAAUCAUGGGCCAAGAGCAAGACCUUCUAUGUUGGAGAUGUUCUCUUGUUCCUGUACACAUCUUCUACCUACACUGUGAAUGAGGUAACUAGAAACAACUUCAAUGGAUGCAAUCUGGCCCGGGCUCUGCAAAUAUAUUCCGGAGGCAACUCGUCGAUUACUCUGACAAAACCCGGCGAUAGAUUCUUCGUCUGUGGUAACAAGUUAUAUUGCUGUGGUGGGAUGAAGCUUCAAGUCCACACUAAUGGAGGUCAAAGGGCUGGUUCUCCAGCAAGUGCACCAGGGUUGGCACCACAAGCUUCCACAUCUCUUACACAUCAUACCAAUUUCAACAAUGCUUCACCUAAUUUGUUUGCUUCAGAUGGGUCUCUUCAUGGUGGAAGGGAUUGUGAUUUAGUUGCAGCUUGUCUUGUUGCAGUACUUAUUACUCUUAUAUGAGUUGCUAUUAUUUGAUUUGAGAGACUACCAUUUUGCAUUCUGUGUCUCUAAUACAUAUAGUUAUGAAUUUCAUGAUAUGGUAAAGGUCAUUCCUGAUUUCUCACACACUAUGUAUUAUUGUUAAGAUUUGAUCUCUGCUACAUCAAUGCAUGAUCAUGGGUUCUGGUUACAAAUAUCUUGUGAAGUUAUUUAUGCAGUUUUGAA